AUGUCAAACGCAACAAGCGCGGUCAACUCAGCGAAUCUAAUGCCAAAGGCAAGUAUUAAUACUUUCGCAGAUAUGGCGAAAUUCAAGAUCUCGCCUGCGCGCACGGCCCUGUUGGACUAUAUCGAGGGUGUCGGUGACUCCUUAGCGCGCGCGUCCGUUUGUUCAACGACUGCAAAUCGAUGUAACUGGGCUAUCGAUCGAGUCAUCUCGUUUCUUUGCUGUAUCGAGGACCGUUUGAAGUUGUUCCCACGAACAACUCCCUCCACUCGCUUUGGUGACCCAAACUUCCGCAUAUGGUCACAACACUUGCAAAUAUGCUCUAAAGGUCUCGUCGGAGACAUCACUCCUCCUGAACGGCAGGAUCUGAAGCUCGAACUUGAGGAGUAUUUACAAAAUAGUUUUGGCAACCCCUUGAGACUAGACUAUGGAACAGGCCACGAACUUAACUUUGUCGCUUUCUUAUGUUGCCUUGAGAAAACAGGAAUAGCUACAACUGAACAACGAUCUCUCGUCGCACUGAACAUUUUUGCACGCUAUACGUCUCUGAUACGGAUCAUUCAGCGGCAUUUCCGCUUGGAACCGGCAGGAUCGCACGGCGUUUGGGGUCUAGAUGACUACUGUUUCAUUCCUUUUCUAUGGGGGGCAGCACAGUUGCAACAUGAAACUUCAACACCAAGAAAUAUCUUGGACGCAAACUUUCCUUGUGGUGGACUAUUCUUUGAAAGCUGUACACACGUGAAACAGACGAAAAGUGGGCCGUUAACAGUUGUGUCACCUGUCCUCGCGAGCCUGAGCACCGUGCGCACUUGGUCAAAAGUUUUUGAGGGACUUCUGAAAAUGUAUUGCGGGGAAUGUCUAGAUAAAUUUCAAAUUAUGCAGCAUUUUCACUUCGGAGUUAUUCUUCAAUUAGAAUGA